GGAGGCAGGGCUUGACUCCUCUGCUUUAUCCCAGACCUAAUAGAAUCUCUAAGGCAUAAGGAAGUUCAGCAGAAAGCGUAGAGAUCAUGAGCAUAUGUGCUCUUAGGGAGCUUUCAGUCUGGGAUUCUGAGCUGGUUUAGCUGACAGUGGAGACUCCAAGAACACAGUAGAAGACUAUUCUCUCACUGGGCUUGUGGAUAUAUUGACAAUUAUGUUAAAUCCAGAAGCAAGAAGAGUGGCCCGAACGACUGGGCAGCUGAAGAACAGAGUGGAAGAGCUUAAAAAUCCCUGGAGGCAGAGCUCCCCCCUCGUCUUUAAUUACAAUGAAACCGCUCGUCUUGCCACUGAUGCCUUGGUGGAACGAGGGGAGAAAGCAUAUCUCCAGGUGCUUCAGGAAGAAAAAGAACUGCCUUUCCUUUCCACCUUAGAUAUUGACUUCAUCUGCAACAGUGUUGCUAUCAAUGGGAAAGCCAAUCACAGUAUUGUUUCUGAGAAGGACCUUGAUGGGACGAACUCUAUAUCAGAAGACCACUGUCCAUCUGAGCUGACAUCUGGCACCUAUUUCCCUUUCAUGUCAGACUUCGAUGCGCCUGACUUGGAACUUGGCUGGCCCGAAAUCCCUCUGGCCACUAAAGCCAGGAAAACAGAAGUUCAAGUUUUCUUCCAGAAGCACAGAUCCAACGAGAUCAAAGAACUGAUACGGUCGCACAUAAAUAUGGCAAAAAGAGUCAUUGCUGUAGUAAUGGAUCUAUUCACAGACGUGGAUAUUUUAUGUGAUCUCGUUGAAGCUGCCAACAAACGGCGAGUGCCCGUGUACCUCCUGCUUGAUGAACAGAACCUUGGGCAUUUUAUCGACAUGUAUGAAAAGCUAGGGUUCAACAAAACUUCCUUAGAAAAUAUGAAAAUCCGGACUGUUACCGGGGACACGUAUUGUACUAAAUCAGGAAAGAAGUUUACUGGCCAGUGCAUGGAGAAAUUUUUAAUGACGGACUGUGAACAUGUGUUUGCUGGAUCGUACAGUUUCAGUUGGCUUUCAAGUCACGUGCACAGCAACAUGGUUACUUACUUCAAAGGAAAUAUAGUUGAAGAGUUUGACAGAGAAUUCAGAUGUCUAUACGCGGAUUCACUGGAAGUCGAUUAUUUUAAUAACUCGGAAAAUGAAAACAGGUCUUUCAUACAAGGCAUCUCACGGAACCGAUGGGCACCUUUAAAAACCCCGCCCUUGCCUCUGCCCAUUUUUGGGCACUCAACUCCUUCCAACAGCGACUCCAGCACUGACAGUCAAUCAAGCGUCAAGACCCCUCCAUUUUCCAAGAACCAGGCCAACACCAUCAUUCACGAAGGGAGGGUAAUAGGUUCCAGUCACGUCAUUAAAAAGGAAAAUGAUCAAAGUAAGCCGAUAGUAGAAAACUUAACAGAACGCAGACAGUCGGAUCCUGAACCCGACAUGAAAAAUCUUCACAUUAUGCAGAAGUCACCCCUCUCAAGGUCUUCUCCUGUUCUUAAUGACAAAAGCCACCUACCGCCCAGUCCUCAAUAUAUAGGUAGGUUUGGCGGCUUACAGAACAAGGCGUUGCAACCUGAAAACAAGGUGACACCCAGAAUGAAAAGCGAUAUAGCUCUGAAUAAGGUUCUGAAUGGUGUCGGCAUGGACAGUAGGAAGGAUGGCGAAAUCCUGACAAAUGGGAAACAUGAUACACCAGCUAUUGCCUCCAAACGAAUGACACUUGGACAUAGUAAACUUGAACUCAUCACACAGUAUAAUAACAUGGCAAAGAAGGUUUUUAGUCGCUUUGAAAAAUAAAUCAUUUUCCCAUUUUGUUUGGAGUACAGGUGCAAGUCUAUGCAAGAUAAAGACUUCUAACCAUGCAUAGAUAGACCACAGACGUAAUAUAGACCACAAACAUGAAAAAUAUGAAAAUGAUUUUGCUUUGUGUUAUAACAAACAACGUCAAGAAUGUAAGCUGUCAUCUGUUUUCAUGCUAAUUUAUCAUUUUUGCACAAAAACUUUUACACGGAGACAGGGCCAAUACAACCUCUGGAUAAAAUCUGUUACCUACCAGCUGCUAAAGAACUGAAAGACCCAAUAGAAACUAAGGGUAAAAAAAUAUGCUAAAACAUAAACACUGGAAAUUGUUGCAUGGACAUUAUGGGUGCAUAAAAAGCUUUCUCUGCGGAGAAACCAGAUUCACAGACUAUUUUUUCAGAAUAUUUUUGGGGUUCGCAGAAUGUGACAAUUAAAUUGUGAACACAGAUUUACUCUGGAUUUGUUUGAUAACAGAGGCAAUAAAAUAAAGUUGUACAUAGAUUCUAAAAAAAUAAAGUAAUCAAAUUAUUAAAUGAAAGUCAACAGCAUCGCUAGAAGCCACUGGGCCCCAUAGGAAAUUUAUUUUGCCCCCCUUAAUUUUAGGAAUCAGACAUUAAUAUUAUUAAGGAAUAACCAUCAGCAAAUCUUCUUGUCUGGGUUUAUCAACUGAUCUUGAACCGUACUGAGUCACAUCCCAAUUACUGACUUGACUUCCAAAAGUACGGUCAUCAGGCCUGGAUUUGUGGAAAGGCCACAAAGGCUCGGGCCUAGGGCGGCACAAUUUGGGGGGGGCAUGCCGCCCCGCCACACCAAAAUAUUUAAAGUUUUUCUUUUAUAUGGAGCAAUGGGGACCUCUCCCCACUGCUAUGUAUGCAAUUGAAAAGACCUGCGCAUGCGUAAUCACCAGUCGCAUUGGGGGGGGGUGCGCGCAUGCGCUGGGGGGGGGCGACAGACAGGGGGUGGCCUCGGGGCGCCCGGCUUACAAAUCCGGCCCUGGCGGUCAUGUUAGAUGGUAUCUGAGUGCUCUUCUGCAGGAUAAUAUUGGUCAGAUAUUGUUAAAAAUGACCCAUGUUUCACUUGAUGGCCCGCUUUUGUCCAGGAUUAUUCUGGCCUGCAGAGUUCAGUGUGCUAGACCCACUGGUAACACUGAGCUUAUAUGUUAGUGAUACUGACAUUAUUAUUAAGGACAUGUCAGCCUAAGAUGAUCAGAGUUUACCAAAUUUUACCAAAAUGAGUGUAUUUUUAGUAAACAAGCCAGGGUCGAAGUAGCUUAUCAGAAGGUCUCUAAGUGGGUUAGUGGGCUCCAGCCUAGGACAAUUACCAUCAUCCUUUUUACAUCAAGGCCAUUCUUGUUUUCAUCAUGGGCCUAUACACAAACCUAUAUCAUUUGGCACUGUCUAUAUCAAAUUGCUGUGACAGUGGGCCCAGUGUCAGGUUAUAUGCCGCCAUUCCUUGAUGCAGAGAGUUCGGUUAUCACGUCUCAAAUUUGUAGUCAUCUGAGAAUUAUAGAAAAGAACUUCCAAAGAGCUGGUAUAUUGUAAGCACCAAAACCUUUACUCAAUCAGAGAAACUAAGGGUAAAAAAAUAUGAUGAAACUUAUACACUGUUGCAAGAUAUAUGUUGGACAUUAUGAGUGCAUAAAAAGCUUUCUCUGCUGAGACAUCUUUGAAACCAGAUUCACAGAUUUUUUUGUUUUGCAAUAUUUUUGGGGUUCACAGAAUGUGACUGAGAUAAUAAAAUAAAAAAUUGUUUGUGAGCAUGGAUUUACACUGGAUUUGUUUGAUAACAGAGACAAAGAAAUAAAGCUGUAUAUUUUCUAAACAAAA